CAAAUUUCAUCGCCAAACUUUUUAAAUAGUAAAGUCAGAACACGAAGAGGAAUUAGAACAGGAGUUAGGUGGUUAACAUUACGUCGAAUGAAGUUUGUUGUUGACCCCUAGUAUUGGUGUGUGACAGAGGAGUCAGCCCUCCACUUCCACAUCUGGGCUGGAGAUGGGGGAUCCGGAGCCUCCACAGUUUGGGUCCCUGGAGGAAGAGCUGCAGUACUGGAAGGAACAAGCUGUAAUGCACCAACAGAGGGCGGAGGAAGCUCAGGAGGAGCUGCAGGAGUUUCAGCAGAUGAGUCGGGAAUAUGAGGUGGAGCUGGAGACUGAAUUAAAACAGUGUGAGGCGCGAAACCGUGAACUUCUUUCUGCUAACAACCGCCUCCGCAUGGAGCUAGAAAACUACAAGGAAAAGUAUGAGGUGCAGCACUCUGAGGCCUGCCGGCAGAUCUCCAGCCUGGAGGGAGACCUGGCUGAGACCACAGCCAUCAGAGACCAUCUUCAUAAAUACAUCAGAGAGCUAGAGCAGGCCAACGAUGACCUGGAGAGAACCAAGAGGGCGACCAUCAUGUCACUGGAGGACUUUGAGCAGAGGAUGAACCAGGUUAUAGAGAGGAAUGCCUUCCUGGAGAGUGAGCUGGAUGAGAAAGAAAGUCUGUUGGUGUCUGUCCAGAGACUGAAGGACGAGGCCAGAGAUCUAAGGCAGGAGCUGGCAGUGCAGCAGAAACAGCAGGUACAGGAGAGGAAGCCGUCCCUCAGCAGUGCAGUCAAGGGGCCUUCAUCCUCAGGUGCACUGCACACCCCACCUCUCACCCCUCCAGACAAAAGGACUGAGGACAAACCCACAUCUUCAUUCUCUACUCAGCCUGCCCCCCUUGCCACCACACCAUCCAGACCUCCAGCUGCAGAAGAACCCUUCACCACCCCACCUCCCUCCAUCAGCAGAGGUGAAAGCCUUUCAGGCACUCCUCUCACCACAUCAACGAGAAUCUCGGCUCUGAACAUUGUCGGUGAGCUGCUGAGGAAAGUUGGGAACCUGGAGUCCAAGCUGGCAUCGUGUCGGGAAUACAUCCACGAGCAGUCGGUUAACCGCAGAACCCACACUGGAGGACAGGGCGCGGCAGCAGCAGGCCAGAACAGUUCCUCUGAGACCCACCCUGCCAAUGGCCUCUACAACAAGGGACUGGUGAAGAGGUUGGACUUUGGAGCGGGACCCAAGCUGAUGAUGUGAAAAUGGAAAAAGCUCUUCCAUGUGAAGGCUUUAAUCUUUCUCGUCUGUCCAGCCUGGAUCUCUCAAACAUGUAACGGUACUGUGUGUUGCACAUCAUACAAGUGGUUUCGGACUCUUCAGGACAUGGACCACUCUUAUAGGAAACUGCAGUGAUGAAAUGGAUGGAUAUGUUACUGUGGACACUUUGGGGAUCUCUGGUACCAGCUCGGUUUUCAGCACUUGCACUUAGCGUGAACUAACUUACUGGACUCAUACUGCAUGAUACCACUUCACCUCCUCUGCCAAGAAUUCUCUCUCUGUCUGUCUGUACCUCUCAGUGAGUCUUAACCCUCCUGUUAUGUUGCGGGUCAAAUUG